CACAACAUCCGUUUCGUUCGAACUUCGAGACUCGAGAACUAUUGAUAAAAACUGAUAAGAAUUAAACUCGGGCUUAAAACAUUUCACCCUUCGGAAUUAAUGUAAAUACAUCGAACAGAUUGUGAGCACGUAUGAACGCAGAAUUAUUUAUUAUUAAUUAAUUUAUAAUUAUUAUAAUAUUAUUAUAAUUAUAUAUUAUUAAUGAUUAUUUCAAAUGGGUGUGCAGAGUGAUAAAGUGUUAGAAGUUGUGUCGGGGUGGGAAGCAGUGAAAUUAGUGUUAAAGUGUGCUUUUAUAGGCUUGUGGCAGAUGAUACAUCUCGCGGUACGAAGGUUAUGGAAAGGGCAUCGGCGGAAACUCUCCAAAAACUGUCCUCCAGUCGAACUUACCGUGGAUUCGUCCAUCGGCAUACAUUGCUACAUCAAAAUAAUGGGUGUCAAAUACCACUAUGUAGAGACAGGCCCAAAAUGUGGCAAGAAAGUCCUCAUUCUCGGAGAUGCUCCAGACUCGGGCGAUCUAUGGGUACCAAGAUGGUCAUCAGUGGUGAGACGACUUGCAGAAACUGGCCACCAUGUGAUUACUCUGGAUCUGCGAGGAACGGGCGGCAGUGAAGGAGGUUGGAGGAGUGAUCUGUCACCUCCAAGGGCUGUGGAGGAGUUGAGGGCGCUACUGUUAGCUCUUGGUGCUUCAGAUAAAAAUCCAGCGAUUGUCAUAGGCUUUGGCAUUGGUGGUAUGUUGACUUGGUACCUGGUCCACUGCCACGGGUCGCUCGUCAGCAAGUUCGCGGUGGUAGCGGCACCGCACCCCAACCUCUACUGGCAACACCCGCCCGCUGCAUUCUGCCAGGGCUCCAUACAUUUUAUACAGUGGCCCCACUUCCCCGAGAGCUGGCUGGCGGAGGGUGUGCUGCAAGAAGGCACGCAAUGGGCAAGUUCCCGCGCAAGAGACUGGAGCGGCGCCCUGAACUAUGUUAGAGGCGCGGCGUGGUACCGCGUGCACGCGGAGCACCGGGUGCAGGCUCGCGCGCUGCUGGUGGGCGCGCGGGACAGCGCUGCCCAGCUGGUGGCCAGCGCGCAGUACUGCGCGAGCCCCGCGCUGCGCCUCGUGACCAGCCCGGGGCCCGGGGACAAAGACCUGCCCGCCAUGGUGCUAGACUUCUUCCUGGGUAAACAGAAGCCCCCCGAAGAGGUAUCCCGGGGACUGGUGGGCAGAGUUUUGGGGGCUGUGGCCGAUCGGGGACGCGAGCUUACAGCGCGCCUCGCCUUACCUGCGAAUGCGUGAUAGUCUGAACAGGAAUUUAGUCUGAAAGUGCCUCAGUUAAUACUUUUAUAAAUUCAAAUUCAUUUAUUUCAAGUAGGUUACUUUAUAAGCACUUUUGAAACGUCAAGUAUGUAUGUUUGUAGUGACUCUACCAGCAUACAUCUUUAACCUCUAUUAUAACCACAACACGAAUAGCAUGUGUCGGAGACAUAUUUCUAGAAAAGACAAAAAUAGCCAGUAGCGGGCACUAAUUUAUGCAUAAACUCAGUUAACAAAUGCUAGCGUAUAAAAAAGGUUUUUCCUCAAUAAAGAAUUUUGUAUCGUGUUGUCUAUUCCUAUUUAUACAAAAGGAUAAAUAAGUAGCAAUUAGACAAACGCGUCAGCACUGCAUAGUAUGUUUUAUAUUACACUAGCGUACCCAGCCCGCUCCGCCGGGCUAGAUUUUGCUUUAUUUUAUUCAAACAUUAAACUUACAUCAUUAAAUUUUUAAUUUAAGCCUCAUAAUAUAUUAAAUCA